AUGAUGGGCUCAGAGUCUCGUCUAUCAUGGUGCUGCCUGCUCCUGGGCAUUUUUGCGCAACUUAUCGCAGCUGAAACUCACGUAUUCAAUUGGAACAUUACUUGGGUAUUGGCAAACCCAGAUGGCGCGGCAUGGAGACCCGUGAUUGGUAUCAACAAUCAAUGGCCUAUACCAGUUCUCAACCUCACCAAAGGGGACCAAAUUGUCGCCAAUGUGUACAAUGGCCUUGGGAACGAGACAACUUCUAUCCAUUGGCAUGGUAUGUUCCAAAAUGGCACCGUUUAUAUGGAUGGAGCUCCCAUGGUCACCCAAUGCGAGAUCCCCAUAGGGGGAUCCGUGACCUAUAACUUUACACUCAAUCAAUCCGGUUCUUACUGGUAUCAUUCCCAUACCAGAGGCCAAUACCCUGAAGGAUUCCGACAAGCUCUAAUCAUCCGAGACCCUGAGAACCCUUAUCUCGGCCAGUAUGACGAAGAACGCAUCAUUACAGUCUCGGACUGGUACCAUGACCAGUUUCGUGACCUUCUGAAGGGCUUCAUCUACUAUCAGAACCCGACUGGCGCGGAGCCAGUGCCCGACGCAGCGCUGAUCAACGAUACCUCUACCUUUACUAUGGACGUCGAGGCAGGCAAAACUUACCUUGUGCAUUUCAUCAAUGUUGGAGCUUUUGCAUCACAGUACUUGUGGUUUGAAGGCCAUACAAUGAAAAUUGUCGAGGUAGAUGGCGUCUGGACAGAGCCUGCCGAGGCUGACAUGAUCUACAUCUCGGCUGCUCAGAGAUACACCGUUCUGAUAACCAUGAAGAAUGAUACAUCCGCAAACUACCCCUUUGUCGCGAGCAUGGAUACCGAUCUGUUUGACACAAUCCCGGACGGUCUCGACUGGAAUGCCACCGGAUACCUGGUCUACGAUUCCAGCGCCGAAAAUCCAGUAGCGGCAGACGUUGACAGCUUCGACUAUUACGAUGACUUUAACCUUGUUCCCUACGAUGGAGAGGAAUUGUUUCCUGAUGCCGACUACACCGUGACGCUUGAUCUCACCAUGGACAACCUAGGAGACGGUGCCAACUAUGCAUUUUUCAACGACAUCACGUACACGGCACCAAAGGUUCCAACUCUCAUGACCGCUUUAUCCGCUGGCGAUGAUGCUACCGAUCCUACGGUAUAUGGCUACUACACCAACCCAUUUGUCCUCAAUUACCAAGAAACGAUUGACAUUGUUCUCAACAAUGACGACACUGGCAAGCACCCUUUCCAUCUCCACGGGCACACCUUCCAGGUGAUCUACCGCAGUGACGAUGAUGCUGGCCAUUGGGAUGCCGAUACCAUGUCGGAUUUCCCGUCGGUUCCGAUGCGCAGAGAUACCGUCAUCGUCCCACCUUCGGGCAAUUUUGUCAUCCGCUUCAAGGCCGACAACCCAGGAGUGUGGUUCUUCCACUGCCACAUCCAGUGGCACAUGGACUCGGGCUUGGCCGUCACAUUUGUGGAGGCCCCGCUCGAGAUUCAGCAACGCAUCACCGUCCCUCAAGAUUUCCUAGACAACUGCGCCGCCGAUGGCGUGGCCACUGUCGGCAAUGCUGCUGGCAACACCGAGGACUAUCUCGACCUUUCGGGCCAGAACGAGUCAGUGUCACCGCUGCCAGCAGGUUUCACAAAGAAAGGCAUUGUCGCCCUGGUGUUUAGCUGCAUUUCUGGCUUUAUUGGAGUUGCCACGAUUUCUUGGUAUGGUAUGGCGCCCAUGAAGACAGCAUAG